CGGCUCGAUCGUUCGUAAAAAGUGACACGAAACAUCAAAUAUAGCGUGUUAAUUACAUUUUUGUUGCCGAGAGAGAGUGCCGAUAUGUUCACAUAUAGAUGUCUUUAACAAUUUAUCGAAGUUCAGAGUUUAGAGGUUUCCAAAACAAAUUCUGUAAAUAAAUUAAUCGAAUGCAGUUACAAAUAAUACGGAAGGUUCGGUGGUUACACAGUGAUAUUGUGCGAUCGUGAAAUAUAACAGUUCUUCAUAUAUUAUCGCGAUAUAUCAUCAAAGAAUAGAAACGUUCACCACGUGACUUUGCGAGCAGGGUCAUGGCUGUGAAAGAGUGGUUCAGAAGGCUGCAACCGGUGCAGCUAUACCUGGUGCUAUUCUUUACCACGACUUUUUUCUUAAUCGAGAUCAUCGCCAGUCAUGUGACGCAUUCGCUAACUCUACUCCUCAACGCAUAUCACAUGCUCUGCAACAUCGUGGCACUCGUCGGCUGUAUCGCCUCGAUCAAGUAUAGCUAUCGAGAAAGGUACAGUAGCAAUAGCAAUUGCAGUUCAGUGGGGAAUUCAUCAAUUUGCAUUAACGGAGAGGAACAGGGUUCUGUCACAUCUUUAUCAACGAAAACGAAGGAAUCAUGGUCGGACAGAAAAAUGAAAAACACAUUUGGAUGGGCCAGAAUCGACAUUGUCACGAUGCUCGUCUGCUGUGUGUUUUUGGCAUCUUUUUGUUUCUCCCUACUAAUGGAGGCGUUGCAGACAUUGGUGCACAUCGAUCAUCUGGAUGAAAUGCAUCACCCGUUGCCCGUGCUGUGCAUCGGUGCUUCUGGAAUACUCUUGAAUGUUUUAUGUUAUAUUUUAAUCGGAGGAUUCGCGUUUAAUCAGGGAAUCUUCGUGCACGUCACUGAGAAAGGAGACGUAAUACUUUGCAGAAAUGUGAAUUCACAAGAAAGAAAGGAUGGCGAGCAACAGUUGUCGGCACAAACUAGGCGAAGUCCAUUGGCAAUACCAAAAAGCCAAGGCUUUAGGGAAAUGUGUCGGGAUGUUCUCGGAUGCGUUUUCGUCAUACUAGUAUCGAUUUUAGUUUAUUUCACCGAUUCCGAUGUGGCCAAAUACAUUGAUCCAGUCUUUGCCAUUAUUUCAUCAAUUUCACUAUUCGUUCUUUGCUAUCCAUACAUGAAAGAAUCAGGUUUAAUUCUGCUUCAAACAAUUCCAAAUCAUAUAAACAUAGAUUCUCUCAAAAGAGAAUUGUUGCAAGCUUUUCCGGGUAUCGUGAAUGUCCAUGACUUACACGUAUGGCAAUUAGCAGGAGAAAAAAUCAUUUCUACAGCACAUAUCAUAUUUUUAGAUCCAACGGUUUAUGCUAGUAUCACGGAUCAAGUCACCGCCUUUUUUGUCGAAAUGGGCAUUACGCAGGUUACUAUACAGCCAGAAUUUCAUAAGAUAAAACCGAAUAUGGAGAAAACUGAUUGUCUGAUUCGUUGUCACGGGGAACACUGCAGUUCCUCCCAGUGUUGCUCGCGAGAGAACUUCUUGGAGGAUGCGUGCAAGUCGGAGAAGGACACGCAUCCGAUCAGUAGAAAAUACGACAAAAAGGAAAUAAUACCAGCUACAUGUGCGAUUAGUUUGGAGAAAUUUACUAAUUACGCGGAAGAAGCCCUAGUGGUGCGGACUGUCAAGAGCGAUCCAACAGCAGAAAUAUCUGAACACGAUUUGACGAAUGAAAACACAUCUCGCUUAAACAGCGAACAAGAAUAAAGCAUCGUAAAUAUUGACAUUCAAUUCCUGUGCGAUAACUAUAACCGAUCGGAUAUCUACAAGUACCAGACAUCUGCAACUGCUGAUAACCACGUGGACUACAGCAUCAUAUCUUAACUUAACCCUACAAUGAUACUAUAUCAGCUUUAUGACAAGAACGAUAUCAUGGAUAUGGCAUAUCCGAACUAACUUUGACUUCUUAUAACUUUCAUAAAAAUGACACAUAUUGAAACAUAUUUUUUUUAUCGUUAUCUAAAAGCAGUAAAAAUUAUA